CAGGCGAAAAAAACAUAAAUAAACAUAUAUCUAUCUUUGAUAAAGUUUUUGUUCUUUUAAAUUUUGUUUAACUUUGUUUUAGUGCAUUCUUUCAAAGUUGUGAAUCUGAAAUAAAUAAAUAAAGUUCCAAUCUAAUUAUAUUAAGAUAUAUACAGUGUAAUGACAACGUUUACCUUAAAACCACCUACUGAUUUUAAUAUUUAUGGUGUUUUUCGUCCAUAAUUAUAUAAUAAAGUGUAUAACUAUUUUAUUGCUAAGUGCUCUUCAAUCUUUCUUUUAGGUCUGAAGUAGAGUUACUCGAUAAAUUAUUAAAAUGAAUCUUCACUCGUUUUUCCAGUAACUUAAAUCAGAUGGCGUAGAAAAGCUGUCAGAAACAUCCAUCACUAAUGCUGUUUAAUAAUCUAAUGGAAGGAGAAGCUAUCACUACAAAUAACAUUAUUUCAUCUAUAAAAAAAUUCAAUACCGACGGAAAGAUAGAACACGGAAGUAUUAAAGCAAUAUUUAAAACGUUUGUAUCACCAGAAAACGACAGAAUGGCUAUAAAAGAAAACCAAAGCAACAGUGACAAAUAUGUAUAUACAGUACCUGUCACAUCUCCUAUAUCACCGGUAAAUGAAAGAGCUAAAAUGAUAAAUGAGGCGAAACUGGCAUUCUUAAACUCUACAGUAAAUUCUUCACCAUUACCUAAAAUUGUUACAAAGAAAGUGGAACCUACUAUUCACUACGCUCAGUUAGCUAUAGCCAAAGGAAGCGAAGACACUAGAAGUACAGGUGGAGGGAGAAAGAUACAACAAAUGGCUGACAUGAAAGACAAAGACGUAACGACUGUUCCAUUAGGCAUAUCAUAUAAUACAAAGAAAAAAAUGGAACAACAACAACAAAGAAAAGUGAGUUUCAAAAUAAAAACAGCGUCGAAUUCAUAUCGACGACCACCGUUAGCUACAAAAACUAUGACAAUAACAAGUAGUAAUGUGUCUGAAUUGACGAAAAAAUUCAACAGUUUAGUGACAGAUGAGAAUAGUGGGCCAAUAAAACAAUCUAAACUUGCUAAAACUAUAGAAGAUUUACAAAUGGUAUCACGGUGUCCAGCUAGUAAUAGUUCGACGCCUUCAUCAACUCUUAGUUCUAGCCCAAAUAUAAAAAUAGUUGUGCGACAACGACGAGGUUCUAAAAAACGCAACAAUAAAAAAAGGUGUUCUAGCGUAGAUUCUAUAGACAAGUUAUUGUUAUCCGACAAUUCAUCCACCAAAAUUCGUGUUAUACGGUCAAAGUCUGAUGGUACGAAAAUUCCCAAAUCGCCUAAGAAACGAUCAAAGUUUCAGGAUUCAAAUAAGGAAAAUAGUGGUUCUGACUCUGUCGAUGGUAGUCCUAGUAAAAUAAAUGUCAGUGAACCAAAGAAACAUAUCGAGAUACCACAAAAUAGUGGGGUAAAAAGUGUAAUAAAAAAAUUCGAAUGUGAAAUUACAGCUCAACUUAUUUCUAAUGCCUCAACACGACUAAAAGACCAGACCAAAAGUACAAUACCUACAAAAGAAAAACCUAAAGUACCUGAAAAAAAAUCUUCACUAGUGUUAACCAAAAAUAUUGUUGUCAAAGAUGGAAUUCCAAAAAUUAAAACAAUCAAAACAAUACAACAAGCGCCCGAUAAUAAUUUGUCAAUUUCAAUACAAGAUAAUAAUAAAAACCAUUCCACAGACUUGACAAAAAAGAAAGAACCUUUAUAUGAUAAGAAAAAGUUCAAAACUAAUUACAUACAUUCAGAAAAAUUACCGUUAAAAGUAGUGGAAAUAAUUCAGGAAGAUAUCAAUGAAAAUAAUAUUUCAAAUUCUGAAGAUCAACAAAAAACAUCUAUAACUAAAUGUAAAGAAAAAAUAUAUGAAGAGGUUAAUUCAAAUAUAACACCGAAUCAGUCUUUUUUGUGGAGAAGAAAAAGCAGUACUUUUUCCGAAAGUGAUAAAUCUAUCUCUGAUGGCUCUUAUAUAUAUGGGUUUGCAAAUAUAACAAAAAGUGAUGUAACAGUUGAUAGUAUAGAUGAUACACAGGAAAUAUCAACAAAUAAAGACGAAUCUCAAAAAUCUGAAAAUGUAGAAUCCCAAAAAACUGAUGAAGAAAAAGUGGAAACGAAUUCGAAUUGGAAUUCAGAUUUCGAAUCAAAUCUAGUCGAAGCUUAUAAUAAAGAAGUUCUUGUGGGUUAUACAACAGCAAAGCCGAAAAAAGAUUUAGUCCCUGAAAAUGAUUAUGAACUACUAGAACCCAAGGAUGCCACUAAUGUCGUUGUAAUUCCCAUUAAGAACGUUGACAAACCAUCAAAAAUUAAUUGUCCUUUACCAGAAAUUCCUAAAAUAAAUCCCGAAUCUCCUGUAGAAUCUGAAAAAAACGUUUUAGAACAAGCUAAAGAAAAUAUUUAUCAGUGUUUAUUAGAGCUAAGAUCACACCCUGAAGGCGAUGAAUGCAGCCUCCAUAAUUAUGAACUUUGUGAUAGUAAAAUGGAAGAGAGAACACGAGGAGAUGGGGACAGUGACGACGGUUAUGAAUACUGUAAAUCUCCUAUAAAACCAUAUUGUGUAACUUCGAGUUCAGGUAUCCAAAUAGCUGAAAACUAUCAGCCCUCCGAAGAUAAUAGUAAAAACUACGCAAUCUCUAAAUCUGUCAGUGGAACAUCUACAGUAAGCUACGAAAGAAUUGGCCCCGAAAGAAUAUACGAAAAGAUUCCAGUACAAAUGCCAAAAUCCAAAGACAGUAGCCCUACGUAUAGCAGUCGGCAUUCUUUUGUUUCGUCCGAUUAUACUGGUUACAAUGAAUCAGAAAAUAUAUACGAUACUAUUAAACAUAGUGACGCGACUUCUCUGUCCCAUUGUUAUGAAAGUAUACCAAACAGUCCGAGUAUGGUUAAACUCAGGAAUAACAUAAAGAAGCAACUGUCGUCUGGUAUACAAAAACGUCUCUCCUUCGAUACUGUCUCGACCAACAGUCAUUGUACAAUAUCAAGCGAACAAAGAACCAACAGUAUAUAUGGACAAAGAUCAGUGUUAAGCUACAAUGGUCAAGAGAUAGCAUUCCAAGUGCCGAGCAGUGAAACGAGCGUCAGUGACAGGAGUGAUGAUUGGGUCGAUAUUUCUGAUGAAGAAAAAACUGAUGAACAGAAGAUCAUAAUUGUCCAGGAAAUAAGUCGCGGUAGAAAAAGUCCUGUAAGCUGGUCGCAAAAAGUACGGCACCAGUGGCAAAAAUCGCCAAUACAAGGAAAUGAACAAAAAGAUUGUGACAGCAGCGACUCAGGCCACCUUUACGAGAGUCUGGAGCCGCCUGCGCAGGCCGCGAUGCCGCACCCGCCGCUGCCCCUCGACGACGACUUCGACUCCUUCGACAGUGACUCCGAUGAUGACUACGACACUCACAAGAGUACGCAAGCGCCGCCGACGCUGCCAGCAUCGCGGUUGCCGUCCCCGCCUACCGAGAGAGGGCAGUACACGCUCACUAAAAUCGCCAGCGCCGCCCAGCGGAAGAUGAGACAAAUUAAAAGAAACCUCACUAAGAAGUAUAUAGUUGCAAUGGACGGUAAAUCUUUAACAAAAACAUUUACAAACAAUCAGAACAAUACGUACGACACAACGAAAAAAACGAAGACGCCAAUAUACGCUAACUGUGAGAAGCCGGAGAUACAACACGUGUACAGCAAUGUCAACUUUACCGACUCCCGGCCCGUACUCCAUAAGACUGAGAAUCCCGUGAUAAAAGUCAACGGGACUUUUAAAGAGGAACUAAAGACUGUUAUAGGGGAGAAGAGGCUUAGUAAUGGGGACGUGCCGCCUCCUUUACCAGACAAGCCCCCUCCAGAGAAGCCCACGACCCCUACAAGUGAGAAUAGCAAGAAGGACACUGGAACUCUGUCUAGGAAGACCUACUUCUCGUUCAAAUCUAGAUUCAGACGGGCGUCGUCGUUAGCGGUCGAUAUAAACACAGACGUGCCUAGUGCGUUGAAGAUCACGAACUCAACUUUUUAUUUGACUGAUUCCAUGGAUGGCGACUCCGGUUUUAGCAAUUGCAGCGACGGACAACCCGGCAGCACGGAGACGCUGUCCCCGGGCGGGGCGAGUGGGACAAGCGGAGUGGGCCGCCGGCGAGACGGUAGGACCCGUCCCUGGGCCGAGUCGUCACCGUGCCUGGCGCUCGAGCGACCCGGCGUCCCGCCGCCCCCGCCGCCCGGACCUCACCCCGCCACUGACCUUAGCGCUGUCAACGAAGAGUUGAAGCGACUACUGCCGACUCUCUCGAGGAAGGAUAAAGGCCCGCGUACACGCACAUCGUGGUACGCUGGCUGUGGAGCUGACACACCAUCUGUGAACACCUCCACCGCAUCCUGGUACGCGGAGGUGGGCCUGUACCAAGCGGGCAAUAUCUCGACGUCGUCGGGCGCGUCGUCCGGCUCGCACCCGGCCUCGCCGCUGCCGCACUCGCUGUUCACGCACGAGCCCCUCUACCAGUUCUACAACGCUGCCAAAGUUGAGUCUGUGUGUCGCGAGACGGGCGACUCUGAUUCAGACGCGUACGAGGUGAACGCAGGAGCGUCAGCGGGAGCGCGCGUGGCAGCGGAAGCGGACACGACAGCGGAGGCGAGCGCGGGCGCGGGCGCGGCGACGACCGCACGACCCUCCGCCAUGGCACUGGUGGCCCCGCGCGGACCAGCUCGCACGCUCUGGUGCGAAGUGCCUGAGGUCGUCAACUCCACUGUACUCAGUUCCCUAGCGCCCGCGCAGAAACGGCUGCAGGAGGCGAAGUUCGAGCUGCUGACGUCGGAGGCGUCGUACCUCAACUCUCUGAACGUGCUCGAGGCGCAUUUCAUCGCGCACCCCGCCUUCCGCGACACGCACGUGCUGCCCGCCGAGGACUUCGACACGCUUUUCUCCACUAUACUGCCAGUGCGCAAGUGUUCACAACUCCUAAUGAACGAGCUGGAGAAAUGCUGGCAGGAGAAUAUCCUGCUGCAAGGUAUCUGCGACAUUGUACUGCAACACGCCGAGGAACACUUCCACGUGUACGUCAAAUACUGCGAGAACCAGGCGCUCAUGGUGAAAGCGCUGCAGCGGCUGAGAGAACAGCCUGCUUUUAGCGCUGCACUCAAGAAAUUGGAGAGCCACCCGGCGUGCCAGAGCCUGUCGCUGCACUCGUUCCUGAUGCUGCCGAUGCAGCGCGUGACGCGGCUACCGCUGCUGCUCGACGCUGUGCUCAAGAACCUGCACGCCGACGACCAGGAGUAUCAGUCCUGUAUGCACGCGCUCGCCACCCUCAACAACUUUGUGUCACAGUGCAACGAGGGCGCGCGGAACACGGAGCGAGUGGAGGAGAUGUUCCGCGUGUCGCGCACGCUGCAGUUCGCGCCGCACGUCCGCUCGCCGCCGCAGCUGGCGCCCGCCUGCGGCCGCCGCGACCGCAGGCCGGUCCGGUGGUUGGUGCGCUCGGGCGAAAUGACACAGAUAGUGUGGAAAUCAGACGAGUCGAAACUGACCUUCGGCAAGAAGUUCCACAAAGUGCCACUCUAUGUGUUCCUCUUCAAUGACCUCCUCGUCGUCGCCAAGAAGACAGGCGAGGAGUCGUACCUAGGUAUAGACCACUGCCCGCGCUCGCUGCUGGAGGUGUGCGAGGAAGGCCCCGCCGCCGCCAAGCACUCGCUGCUGCUCACGCUGCUCGAGAACCACGAGGGUCGCACCGUCGAGAUGCUGGUGUCGUGCCCGUCGGAGACGGCGGCGCGGCGCUGGGCGGAGGCGCUGCUGCCGGCGCCGGCGGCGCCCGGCGAGGCGCUGUACGCGGGCUGGGACUGCCCGCAGGUGGCCGCGCUCUACGCCUACACGCCCGCGCAGCCCGACGAGCUGCAGCUCGCCGAGGGAGACGUCGUCAACGUCACCAGGAAGACUAGCGAAGGUUGGUACUACGGCGAACGGACGCGGGACGGCGAGGCGGGCUGGUUCCCGGGCGCGUACACGGCCGAGAUCGCGUCGCCGCACGUGCGCGCGCGCCACCUGCGCCAGCGCUACCGCCUGCUCGCGCUCUCCUCCUCCUACGGCGGCCACCGGCGCCGCCAGCACUGACCGCCAGCACUGACCGCCAGCACUGACCGCCAGCACUGACCGCCAGCACUGACCGCCAGCCCUGACCGCCAGCACGACCGCCAGCACGACCGCCAACACUCCCGCCGCGCCACUGACUCCUCUCCACUGCAUCACGCAUCGUAGUAUUCCUUACCUCCUACAGCGGCCACAGGCGCCGCCCACACUGACCCCCCACGGGCGCUAGCAGCGGAAUCACUGACGCUGCCACUAACUCCUCUCCCUUCCACCACGUGUGGUAAUAUUCCCUACCUCCUACGGGGGGUACGAGCGAUACCUGUACUAACAGGAACUCUCCCUCCCUCCCCCCACGUACUACGAUCCUCUCUAUCCCAUGCGACGGGCAUAGAAGGCACCGGCAUUGAGGCUGACUCCCCCACCCUCAUGCAGCAGUAUUCUCUACCCCUAUACCCAUGUUACGGUGCUCUCCGUCUCCUGUGACGGGCAUAAGAUGCACCAACACUGAGACUGACUAAAGAGGGAAGAGGAGGGGGGGGGGUUCUUCGACCCUAAAUGCAACAGUAUUUUCCGCCUUCUACAACGGACACAAGUGGCACAUGACUUUUCUCCCAAACCCCACGUGCGGGAAUUCGUUCUCUUUUGACGGACACAAGCGGCGCUGUUAUACUAUAGAAUCUCACAAUCAGUGUCGUUAUCGUAUGAUACUACUUGCCAAUAGUAUACAAGUAAAACUUGUGAAAAAAUCAGUAAUAUACUACCUUUAAUGUAACAUCACAUAUUUUUAUAGUUAAAAAUGUCUAUUUGUUUAUUCUCCUCUAGACGAACUCCCCUAGUACGAUCGAAUCUAUUGGUAGAAUCGUUAUCGCUAUCGAGUCCAUGAGAUAGAAUGAGACGGACAUGCGUUGUCUUGUUCUUCCUUUUUGAGCGCUAACCGAAGCGAAUCUAUCGAUAGAUUUGUUUAGGAUUCGUUUAACUUGUCUAGGGGGCAGUAUAUAUCUUGUUACCAAUAAAAUGCACUGACUGAAGGAGCCUCGCUCCGACCGCGACGCACCCAGCUUACACUUCGCGUCCGUCCGGCACUGCCUUACUUAAUAGAACUUUACACACAAUAUUUUUGGAAUUAUUUAUACAAGUGUCAUUGUGUUAAGAGUAUUGUUGCACCAAACCUUAUUGUUACUUGAAGGUGCUCAUUAUAUUGUUUGUUACAUAAGAUGACUAGCGUUUAAGCUCUAAAAGAGUAAAUCUAUCACAUUGUCUAUGAUUUAUUGUGAAAUGUACAGUUACGUAUGAGAUUCACACUGAUUAUUUGUACAGAGUAAUUUAUCGUUUUAGAGCAAUAUUACUUGUGCGUAGUUAAGUGAUGUUAUUCUUGUAUUCCCUUAGUUUUAGGCCUCACUUGACCGCGACAUUUGGAAUCUUACCUAGUCAUGAUAGAGCGGAAAAGUUGAAUUACUUUGCGUAUCUUAAAAUUGAAAUAUCCGCAAUAAUUACUCUAAAAUGUAUAAAACAUUCCGAAAUUUAUAUAUAUAAUAUAACAUGUUUAUCGAUUAAUAGUUUUAACAAAUGAAAAUCUAAUAAAAUUGUAUGUAUGUACUUAAGUAAAUUAUUUUGUUGUAAAAAUACUUUGUGAAAUGCGAAGGAAACUAAUAUUAAUAGGUUAUAUAAAUUCAUUACUAUGUAUUAUUAAAUGAAUAAAUGUGUAUUUAAUA